AUGGAGACCGAGCUUAGUCGCCUGCAGCACUACGUGCGGCCGGACUCGCUGUCAACACAGACAGGGGCCUUCAUCUCCGUCAUUAGCUGCUCCAUUGUCGUGCUCUCGUUUCUGUGGAAACGCAAAUGCCGGCACCCGAACCCGAUUAUCUACUGGAAGUCCGUCGUGGACCUGCUCUACGCGCUGCGGUUUCAAUACAAUUGGGACAUGUACAUGACGACGCCCGUGAGCUGCCGCGCGCUCGCGACGUUUACGCAGUUUUGCACCUUUUCGUCCGAGUGCUGGUUCCUCAGUAUGUCGUUCAAUUUGUACCAGUGCUCGACGAACCCGUUCACGAACCUCAAGAAGAACUUGCAGUGGUACCACGCCUUUUCAUGGGGCGUGGGGUGUCUCUUUGCUGCCCUCUUGUGGCUCUCGAGCGUCGCGUUCGACCCCAAGAUCCACGCGUCGUGCUUUGUGGACGAGACGGACCCGAACGAACUUGCAGUCUAUUACGUUGUGGUCAUUCUUGCGGUCUUGUGUGCAGUCAUCUUUGCAGUGCUGGAGACGCAGACGCAUCCGUUUAAAGGCAUGAAAGAAGCUCUGAAAGCCAAGAGAGAUGUGAUCCGCAGCGCUCGGAUUUUCACGGUCGCCUACAUUAUCUACCAACUGUUUCUGAUCUCAUUCUGGAUUGCCGAUGUGCUGUUCCUUAGGGACCACCAUGUUGCUCUGCAACGAGUACGUGAUGCAUCCUCCUUUCUCCAGGCAGCCAAGGGGUUGAUUGACUUGGUCAUUUGGGUGGCGAUCAAUGGUCCGCCGCAAGUAGACUGUCGUGCUGGUCGAUUGAGCACAACCUUUGAUACUGAUCGGUAUAGCGACGUGAACAUUGAUCUUCAGCCUCAGCUUAACGUCGCGCUGCGCAAGGAGGUGCUUCACUUUACGACACGAGGGAUCGUAGCAGCUUCGUCAAAUACUCCGAUGGUGACAGACGGUCGACGUGUGGUGCACCUUCGUCUGCAUGAGCUGGGCAUGACUGUGUGCUUUGAUGACUACAGCCCGACAUCGUUUCGCGACAUUCGACACGGGUUUGGCAUCAACGAGAUAUUGUUCCGGAAAGCGUUUUUGGCGACGUGUCACGAGAAACUCGAGUCUGGUGGAUCUAGUGGCGCCUUCAUGUUUUACACUGCUGAUUAUUCGUUCUUGGUAAAGUCUGUGACAACGAGUGAGCGUAACGUCUUGUUGAAUAUGCUGCCAGCGUACAUUAGUCACAUGAAGCAGAAUUCGGACUCGCACUUGACACGGUUCUAUGGUUGUCAUUCCAUCGAGAUGUACGGACAAGUUUUCAGCUUCGUGGUUAUGGGAAACGUUAUCGGUCGAGCAAGUAUGCACCAGUUUUUCGACAUUAAAGGGUCGUGGGUUGAUCGCAAUGCCAAGCCGAUUCCUCCAGGAAAGACCGUCAUUUGUACGUACUGCAGCAACGCAUUCCAGUAUGGUACGAAUGAAAGCUGCGAGUACAGCAUUCGUGGCAUUCAUCUGCCCCACAUCGUGUUGAAAGACAACGACUUUCAUCGAAAGAUGCGAGUGGAAGCGAAGACAGCUGAGGCCCUAGCCCGUCAACUUGAAAGUGACAGCAACUUUUUGAAAGAGGAAGGUAUAAUGGACUACAGCCUGAUGCUAAGUGUGCACAACACGAAAUACGUGGUCGAACACUCAGAAAUAGGUACCAGGGUACAGUCUCCGACAAAGCGCAAGGUGAGCUACCCGGUCUGUCAUCCUGACAGCGAUUCCUUCUUGAAGAUCGCUACGGAUGGCGUGGGUCCGCUCGUCAACGAAGAUGAUGAGAAUUUAGACGAGGUUGAAUGUGGAAACCGGAGAAACUUUAGCAGGACUUGUCGCUUUUCCGUGGUGAACAAGACGGACGACGUUGGUCUUACGGUGCAUGAUGAUACGCCACUUUUACAAGGAAAUAGCUCUGUUCGGCGUUACAACGUCGUUUCGUACGGUCUGUUUGGAACAAACUCUCCUUCAGCUAACGACUCUAAAUGGAUUGGCGAGAGGACUCUUGAGAAUCACGAGUACCAUGCGUCUGUUGUGGUCGGCCCGGACUGUUAUACGCUCGGAGUGGUAGACAUAUUGCAAACUUGGACAUGGAGCAAGCGUUUGGAGCGUCUGUGGAAAACGCUCGUGCUACGUCGCGACCGCAUGGGGAUUUCUGCAGCGCCUCCUAAACUUUACGCUGAGCGCUUCCAGCGAAAAAUGCGUGACAUUUUGAUGGUAUCAUCGUCAUCAGUUGGUUUUGAUUAG